CCAUUUCACAUCAGAGCAGAAGGAGGAAAACAGUCUGAGGAAGUGUUACUGGUUUACCUCUCAGACUCCAGAAGAUGAAGAAAGAGGAGGAAGAGGAGGACGGAGCAGAGUCUGUAAUAUCCAGCUGUCUGUCUAUGAAGAGUGACCGGUCCAGAAAUCGUCCUCCAACCUUCAGUAAUGAACCUGGACCCUCAGACACAAAAGAGAGGAAGAUGAGGGCUGUUUCUGUGGAGGAGCAGCUGUCCUGCUGUUCUUUGUGUCAGGACGUCCUGAAGGAUCCAGUCUCUACCAGCUGUGGAUACUGGUUCUGCAGACAGUGCAUCACCUCAUACUGGGACCAUCAUCAGAAGACUACUGAUUCAUCAAGAGGCCCCUUCUGUCCCAAGUGUAGAAAAAGAUCCAGAACCCGACCUGGACUGCAGACAGACAGUCGGACCAGCAUUGUACAAACAGAAAGUGGUCUGCAGGAGGUUUUAGAUGAACACCAGAUCAGUCUGAGCAGCACAUGUGAAUGUGUGACUCAAGGAACUGAUGAAGCAGGAAGUGAAACCUUCCUCAUCAGCAUCUUCACUGAGGUCCACAUCACAGAGGGACAGAGUGAAGAGGUUAAUACCCAACAUGAGGUGAGGCAGCUUGAAGCAGCUUCCAAGAUGAAGACCCUCCAUGACGCUCCAAUCAAGUGUCAGGACAUCUUUAAAGUCUUACCUGACCAACAGGUAACUGAAGAGGUUAAUACCCAACAUGAGGUGAGGCAGUUUAAAACAGCUUCCAAGAUGAAGACCCUCCAUGACGCUCCAACCAAGGAUCAGAACAUCUGUGAAGUCUUACACAGAGUCAGAGUGGUUCUGAUGAACGGCGUCGCUGGCGUUGGAAAAACCUUCUCAGUGCAGAAGUUCACUCUGGACUGGGCACAGCGCUCCAACAACCAAGAUAUCAGUCUGCUGAUUCUGUUCUCGUUCAGGUCGCUGAACUUGAUCAAAGAUGAGCAGUACAGUCUGCUCAUGCUGAUCCAUGUUUUCUAUCCAACAUUACAGAAGCUCACAGCAGAGAAGCUCGCUGUCUGUAAAGUUCUGUUCAUCUUUGACGGCCUGGAUGAAAGCAGACUUUCACUGGAUUUCAACAACAGUGAGGUCGUGUCUGAUGUCACACAGAAGUCAUCAGUCAGUGUGCUGUUGACAAACCUCAUCAAGGGGAAGCUGCUUCCCUCGGCUCUCAUCUGGAUCACUUCCCGACCUGCAGCAGCCAAUCAGAUCCCUUCUUCAUGUGUUAGCAGGGUAACAGAAGUACGAGGCUUCACUGACGCCCAGAAGGAGGAGUACUUCAGGAGGAGAUUCACUGAUGAAGAGCAGUCCAGCACAAUCAUCUCACACAUCAAGACAUCCAGGAGCCUCCACAUCAUGUGUCACAUCCCAGUCUUCUGCUGGAUCACUGCUACAGUUCUGGACCACAUGUUGACUCCAGACCAGAGAGGAGAGCUGCCCAAGACCCUGACUGACAUGUACUCACACUUCCUGCUGGUUCAGACAAAGAGGAAGAAGAACAAGUAUGAUGAGGGACAUGAGACGAGUCCACAGGAGCUGACGGAGGCUGACAGGAACCUUCUUCUGAAGCUGGGGAGGCUGGCGAUGGAACAACUGGAGAAAGGAAACAUCAUGUUCUACCAAGAAGACCUGGAGCAGUGUGGUCUUGAUGUCACAGAGGCCUCGGUGUUAUCAGGAGUUUGUACACAGAUCUUCAAAAGAGAGAGUGUGAGCUUCCAGAAAACAGUCUACAGCUUUGUUCAUCUGAGCGUUCAGGAGUUUCUGGCUGCUGUCUACAUGUACCACUGUUACACCAACAGGAAGACAAAGGUACUGGAGGGUUUCCUGGGAAGAGAAGAAGAUGAUGAAGAUGAUGAAGAUGAUGAAGAGGAGAAAAACAGAAAAAAACACAGUUACUCAUCUCUGAAUGACUUCCUGAAGAAAGCCAUGAGGAAAUCUCUCAGCAGUGAAAAUGGCCACCUGGACCUGUUUGUCCGCUUCCUUCAUGGCCUCUGUCUGGAGUCCAACCAGAGUCUCUUAGGAGGCCUGCUGGGUCAGACAGACAACAGUCCACAAACCAUCCAGAGAGUCAUCAACAACCUGAAGGAGAUGAACAGUCGUUAUAUCUCUCCUGACAGAAGCAUCAACAUCUUCCACUGUCUGAUGGAGAUGAACGACCGCUCAGUACAUCAGGAGAUCCAAGAGUUCCUGAAGUCAGAGAACAGAUCAGAGAAGGAACUCUCUGAGAUCCACUGCUCAGCUCUGUCCUACAUGCUGCAGAUGUCAGAGGAGGUUCUGGAUGAGUUGGACCUGGGGAAGUACAAAACAUCAGAGGAGGGACGACGGAGACUGAUCCCAGCUGUGAGGAACUGCAGAAAGGCUCGACUUACUGCCUGUUACCUCUCAGACACUGAAUGUGAAGUUGUGACCUCAGCUGUGAAGUCCAACCCUCAUCUGACAGAGCUGCACCUGAAUCUCAUCAAACUGUCUGAUUCAUCAGAGAAGCUUCUGUCUGCUGUACAGGAGAGUCCACACUGUAGACUGAAGACUCUGGAACUAAAUGGCUGUAGACUCUCAGAGACUCACUGUGAAGUUUUGGCCUCAGCUCUGAAGUCCAACCCUCAUCUGACACGUCUGAACCUGAGCUUCAACAAACUGUCUGAUUCAUCAGUGAAGCUUCUGUCUGCUGGACUGGAGAGUCCAGACUGUAGACUGAAGACUCUGAUAUUGAUUGACUGCAGUUUGUCAGAGAUCAGCUGUGAUUAUCUGGCCUCAGCUCUGAAGUCCAACUCCUCCCAUCUCAGAGAGCUGGAUCUGAGAGACAACAAGCUGAAGUAUUCAGACAUGAAGCAGCUGAUUGGUCUUCAGCAGAGUCCAGACUGCAGACUGGAGACUCUGAGCUGGCGAUGAUCUCUGUCAGAGUGAGAGUGAACAUCCAGGAGUGUUGAGAGAGGAUCAGCUGGAUCCUGAUGAUCCAUCUGGAGUCUGGAUCUGGAUUUUGUCGUCUUCACUUAAGUCUCUUAACUGACUACAAACUGAACAGUUAUCUCUGGAUUUAGCUGAAGUCAGCACUUUACAGAUUAGUUCUACAUGAGCUGUUUGAUGUAAAUAAAGAUAAAAACAGGUGUUAUAAGUCAGACUGUGAGUCUGGGCUCAUAUUUAUCAAGCGUCUCAGAAUCACACUGAGAGUUAACGAGGACUAAAACUAAUGAAUGAAGCAGAAGAGAAUUGACUGUGACUUUCAGCAGGAGAAGGAUUACUGCUGGGAGAGAGUGAGACGUCGCUGUUUUACCACAGUCAGAGCAGCAAAGUAGAAAUAAUGUGUUCUUUCUCCUUAUUGAACAAUAAUAUAUUUUAAUCUUCAACCCAGCAGUGUUUAGUGUUUUCAGACCGUCUCCAUGACAACAUUACUCCAUUUCUAUCAUCACUGGUUAGCUGUUUGUUUUAGGACUUUUUAUCCACUGAUCUACCACUUAUUUAGUUUUAUAUGCUGAACACCUUACAUUAGAAUCUUCUGUAUGUUUUGUUAGUUUUGUGUAAAGCGUUGUGUAACGUUGCUUUGGGAAGUUUUCUACUCGUCUGAAGGGAGGCUGGUGGGACGAUGCUGAUAAUAAACAAAGACCUAAUUCUAAUAAACGUGGAACUAAAUGAAGUGUCAGCAUGUUUAUCCUGUGUGGAGCUUCAGCUGCAUGUUUAACAUCUAUUUUUAUUAAAGUUUGUUUUCUGUCUUUGUGUAGAAAUGAGAAAUAAUCAGA